AUGGGUGUUCUUCGUUUGCCUCGCCCAACGGGCAUCUAUGUCCCCAACUCUCCCUCCCGCAACCUCACUACCGAUAUGAUCUCCUCGCCUCUGUCUCCCGGCUUCAAUUUCGAUUGCGAAACGGUCACCCCUUCCAUCAUCCCUGCUCUGGACUACAUCUCUUCCAAGCUCCAACAAAAAAUGAUGCACGUCACACUGCUCGUCGGCCGGGGAAAGCGCUACCCCACAGGGCACGCGUCCGAUCUCAUGGUCAUCCCCAUCGCACAACUCGACCCUCAGUCCUGGCGCACGGUGUGCCGCAUCGUCGCCAAGGGAGCCAAGAAAUUCUCCCUAGGCCAGAGCUGGACCGACGCCCUGACGCGCAGCCAGUACGAGCGCCAGGCCAACGAAUACCUGAUCCAGCAGUCCAUCCUGCAGAACGAAGUCGUCUUCAGCCGCGAGGGCCUGACCCUCCUCAACGUCGACCGCAUCUACACCUUCAAGCGCCGCCUCUGCAUCCUGUCGAACCGCGACAACGGCACCGAAGAGCCCUACAUCGCCUCCUGCGUGCAUCUCCUCCACCGCACCAUCCGCGACUUCCAGGGCCGCCCCUUUAGCAAGGCGUUCUUCCACCGCGUGUACGAGCAGCUCGAUGUGCGCGAUGACCUCCUGACGCGCGUGGCAAACGCCUACAAGAAAGAAUACGGCCAGGAGGGCAUCGUCCUGCCGCCGCGGCCCAAGCCCGAGUAUUCGCGGAAAUCGCCGAUCCGCCCCGUCCGUCCGCGCAGACAGCCUACGCCGCCGAGCUGCAGACCGGCCUCGGCGAAGAAGGGGCCCAAGACGCCUCUCUCGGCCUCCGAUGUUACACCCAUCACCCGGAGCGAGUGGAACAUGUUUGUCAGCUCCGGAAUCCGUCAGGUCAACCCGACUGUGACCAAGUGGACGCCGUCGCCAACUGUGCUUGCUGCUGCCCUGCAGACGCAGGGACCGGACAGCUCGGGGAUGGCAUCCACCAAGCUCAUCGAUCCCCAUCCUACCGACCGCCAGAGCGCUCAUCAGCUCGGCAAACCGGCCAAGCAGUCAUGA